AAGAAAAAUAUGUUACAAGCUUUAACGGGACUCCAAUUUCAGCUGAGAGAACAAUUAGGAGAAAAAGAGAAGAGACUUCAGCACAGCCAGGAAGCCAGGGCCCAGUGCACCCAGUACCACAUGCAAUUUUCAUACAAACCAAUGUUUCAUAGACUUUUCUCAGUAAGACCAGAAUUGUCUUCAAUUCAACUACCGUCUUUUUCCAAGGUCCCAGCACACCUGGAAAAUCCUGCAAGACCUCUGCUACAGAAAGCCCAAAGACAGCAAGCCAAACCCUUCAUGACCCUUGACCACCAGAUCAUCAACCAGACUCUUAAACAGUCACACCCUGGUGCUCCUCUGGUACAGCAUGGACAAGUGUCUCCUGACAGUGAUGUGGGCCUCACAGGGAAUCCACUCACCAAAUUGCUAACUCUUGGGAAAGAAGAUGACAGCGCAGAAUGGCAUAUGGAAGACAUUAUUGAGGACAUAAUCGGUAUGGAAUCACGUUUUAAAGAGGAAGGAACAGACUCUUCUCUGCAAAGAACAUUAUCUGGAAGCAUUUUGGAUGUGUAUAGUGGUGAUCAAGGGAUUUCACCAGCUAAUAUGGGACUUACAAGUGAUUCCUGUAGUCUUCCAAUGAAAAGAGAAAUUACAGAAACUGAUACUCGAGCUUUGGCAAAAGAGAGACAAAAAAAGGAUAAUCACAACCUCAUUGAAAGGAGGAGGAGGUAUAAUAUUAAUUACCGAAUCAAGGAGCUUGGCACUCUUAUUCCAAAGUCUAAUGACCCUGAUAUGCGCUGGAACAAAGGAACCAUUCUAAAAGCAUCAGUGGAGUACAUCAAGUGGCUACAAAAAGAACAACAGAGAGCACGAGAAUUAGAACACAGACAGAAGAAAUUAGAACAGGCUAACCGGCGGCUUCUACUACGGAUUCAGGAACUAGAAAUACAGGCUCGUGCACAUCGUCUACCAACUCUGCCUUCACUUGGCACGGUUGAUUUGGGUGCUCAGGUCACCAAACAACAGACCCAUCCUGAGAAUUCAGUCGAUUUUUGCCAACAACUCGUUCUGUCUCAGGGGCUAAGCCCUAAACUCUGUGAUCAAGCUAUGGCCUUCUCUGAUCCUUUGUCACACUUCACAGAUCUAUCAUUUAGUGCUGCUUUGCAAGAGGAACAAAGACUGGAUGACAUGUUACUGGAUGACACAGUAUCCCCAUUUGGAACAGAUCCUCUGCUAUCUGCCACUUCUCCUGCAGUUUCCAAAGAGAGCAGUAGGAGAAGUAGUUUUAGCUCAGAUGAUGGUGAUGAGUUAUAAAAAAUAAACAGGCUUAAUUCAUCAACUGGGAAGCAAUUCUUUGCUGGUGCUAUGCAGUUAUGUCCUGUGUUUGAUGUAUUACUUUGGCUUAAUUCUUCUAAAGGAAUAUGUUGUUCAUGAAAAACUGAUUAGAAGCAAUGGAGGAAUUCACAGGAAGAAGAAACAUGGUGUUGAAGAAUUGCUGAGUGCUAACAAACUUUUUCCUCUUUUACUAGAGUCCAAAUCUACUUAAAUUUUGUUUUCCUGGAAAGAGGUACAACAUACCAAAUAGCUCUCUACUAAUGUUUUAAAAGUAAUGACUUGGUGAUGUGCUCUUGGAACUAACAGACUGUGAAGAGCAAAUCUACUGAAAUAUACAAUCCCUCUCUUAGCCAUUACUUCCCUCUCCUUCCUUUCCAACUCAUACAACAUUAGUUUUCAAGAAUCAGGAUCAACAGAUCUAGUGGUUCAUUACCUCUCUCCACUGUCUGGUGGACAUGUCUGAAGUUCAAGCCUGAUAGUGGAAAUAAUUAUAAAAUAGAUUAUUUGUCAUUGUAAUUGAAAAUUGAAUCUACAAUAAGCAUUAGAGUUUUCUACAAUAAAACACAGCAAAUUUAUAAAAAUAUUGGUUACUAAAAUUAGAUGUAAAUUCCUUUAAACAAGCAUCCAUGGUCAUUUAUGGAGACAUGCACUGUCAAAAGAAGGGGACAUUGGCUCGUUGCCUCCUGAUAAUGAUGCCUAAUGAAUAUGGGCUAGAAUGUUAUUCCUUCACAUACUUCUAUAUCCACAUAUACACAAUCCAGGUAGUAUAAACUUUCUUCCUUAAUUCCUCUGAUUUUCUAAUCAACACCAAGAAGCAUGUUCAAAAACCCCCUUUUCUUCAUCAAGAAGAGAUGUUAGAUAAUCAAUUCUAAUAAAUGAAAUACAGAAAAGUCUUUCUACCAGGACAGUUUUAAGCUGUUUAAAAUUUAUCACUGUGCCCAAUAUUUGCUAUAAACUAAAUAGUUGAGAACAGUGGAUACAGUUUUGAUCCAAAUUGACAAAAUAUUGAAAAUUGGGUUGUCAACUAACAAAAUAAGUAGCAAAACAGGAACUAUUUCUUAUUGCAGUCAUUUGUGAGUGGAGGAUAAAGUUCUAUUCCCAUAAGUACAUCAAAUACCCCAUGGGCUUUGGUUGCUUUAUUAGCAGCUAUUAAGUAAAUUUAUAACUAAGAUGUUUUAUGUCCUGAACUUAUUUCAGGUUUGGGAAUUGAGUUACCAAGAGUGUUGCUGUGUGCUGGACCUCUAUAGCUGAUCAUCUAAUUAAUAAGUACUCAUGGAGUGACUGCUCAGUGGAUCGUGUGAAAAUGUAGAGCAGAUGAACAAGACGUGGUCAUACUUGUCAGGGAGUAUGGGAAACAACAAAAGAUAGAGGACAUGUAGAAGUAAGGUCCAAGUGGUGUGGCAUAAGCUGUAAAUGCAGAAGGUCAGUGAAAAUGAAGAUGAAUGAAUGUUGAAGUGUCACAGACAUCUCUAUAGGAAGAACAGAAUUUAAACUCUAUUUUAAAGGCAUAAAUUACGUGAAGGGAAAGGCACAGAAAGGAAAUAAUAUCAACCAAAUGAUAAAAGUGAGAAUAAAUAGAGGAGGGGGAUGUCUUCAUGGGACAUUCAUUAGCAAGAUCUGGCUUCUUGAGGAGACACCUCUAGGGGAGUUCUGGAAAAUACUGUUGGCAAUAGGUUGUGGAGCCCUUUAAAACCAGGGUGCUAUGAUAUAACAGAAAAUAGAAUUUUUUACUAGGUGAGAUGACCGAGAUCUAAGCUUUCAUUCAUAUUGAGCCUUGGGCUAAAUUUAUGAAAGGAUGUUACAAGUACUACUCACAAGGAAAAUGUCACUUUUAGAACAAAAUUUGAGGUGUUAAUGCUGACGAAAGUGAGAAGUUUUCAAAUCCUUUUGGUAUAAUGAUUAACUCAGCCCUAGCUUAUAUUAUUAUCUCAGAUUUUGGAGAAUUAAAAUAAUUUUCAUUAUUUGACAUAGGAAAAAUUUCUUAAUUUCCAGGACCCAUUAUAAAAGCCAGAUAGAUAAAUUCAUUUGAAAUAUGCCAUGUGAAAAAAAGCAAUAAGAUACACAGUCUCAGUAAUUUUCAGGACAUUAUAUACUUACUCUUAGCUUUAUGACAACAUUCACUAUAUUAUUUGAGUUGAUAAUUUAAUUUAAUAUUGCAAAUUAUAAAGAACGAAUAGAUUUUUGGGUCCAUGAAAAACAUACCAUUUUAGAUAGAGGCUGAUUUAUCUUCUUGUUUUAUCCAUUAUUUUCCUAUCUUUUUAUUCUGAGAAGACUUGCACUGAUGAUGCCAUUACUGUUUCAUUAUUUUCCAUUCUAAGUUCUACCGAGCAUUGGCACUAUCCCUCAUCAUCUCAGCUAACAUAAGUGCUAGAGACCCAAGGAAGGUAGAGAUAUCUGGAGGGAGCACUAAUAUUUGCUGUUACUUGCAUAUUAUAAUCGCUAUUGGUGAUUAUAAAAUGGGUAAUGGAAUUUAAAAGACAGAGUAGACUGAUGCUGUGUCAUAAUAAACUGAAAUAGUUAAAAAAUUAAUUGGACAGUAGUUUUGAACUUUUAGGACAUGAAUCUCUUAUAACCUAAUGAAAGUUAUAAAACCUCUCCCCAGAAAAAUACAGAACUGUACAUAGGACAAAAAGUGGCAUGCUUCAAGAAGUUUCGGGGACCUCGUGAAUUACCUCCUUGGAUGCCGGGUGAAGGAUUCCUGCAUCAGAUCUGUUGCUGGGAUAGGUAGCUAUGGAUCUACACAGUUAGUUUCAUAUGUAAUGAUGGGGGAGGGAAUCCUAGUUAUCUGAAUAUUAUUAUCCCAGUUCCAAUUGUGAUGACGUCGCAUGGGAAAGUGAAAGUUUACCAAACACUAAAUUAUUCACUAGGGAAGUUGUUCACUUAUAGAAGUAGUCCCUUUACAAACAUCCCCUCCCAACUCAGCAUUAGCAAUUUUGCCUCUUGUGUUACAAACCUAUAGAGCAGUUUCUUGUAAUCUCCAGUAACACUUUUAAAUUUUGCAAAUAAACGUCAAAGAAAAGUAACUUGAAUUUAUUUAUUUGAAUGCCUAAGAAUCAAGAGAGAUCCUUGGGAAAACUGAUGAAAGUCUAUAAGAUUUUGCAGAAAUAAGACUUCUCAUAAAAUAAAAGAUAGCAUAUUCUUUAUCAAACAAUGUUGUCACAAAAAGAUGUCACAUAUCACUGAAUUAUUAAUACACAAAUUAACUAAGACUUGUGCAUUUAAAUAAUUAAUUCACAAUUUCAGUAAUAUGAACUUUGUGUAAAAUAAGAUAAUUUUAUUUUUAUUACUGUUAGCUAUUUUCUUCAAGAUGAAGCCCUAUCCAGUAUUUUUCUCUAUUUUCAUAAAAUGUUGGCCCCCUUUUAGUGGAUUUAUAUUAAUUAGCAUUUUCCAACUCCCAAUUAUCUUAAAAUAAUGAGGAGCUCUUAUGAGUAUACAUAAUUUUUGUAAUUUUUUGUGUCCUUUCUUCUCUUAACUUAUCCCAUGUCAAUGGAGAAUAUAUGUACAGACCAUAUUUCCUCAGUUUACAGGCAUGAUAUCCAUGUCUAGAUAUGAUACCUGUGUAGAUAAAGAAGCUCUAAAUAAUAAAUAGCCAGAUGAGCUGGAGACAUUGAAAAGUGAUCUCUUUCCUCUUUUUUUAAAAAACAUUUAUUUUUUACCAUCACAGCUGCAAAUAGAAUACUUAGUAGCUCCCACAUUAAAAAAAUAAAUUUAGGUACAAUAAGUGUCUUGAUUUGGUGUGCCCUUGCACCUUAGUGUCAGGAGAGAAGUUAGAUUUUUAACUUGAAAAAGAAUAUAUUUUUCCUGUGUAUUGGUAGAUUGCAUCAGAUUGGUGCUUUCUUACACUUCAAGAUGUCCUGAAAAUACUUUUUUUGCUCCAACAUUGUGGUAUUUUAAUAUUUAAAUAAAUAAUUGGCAUAACCAAGUGCUCCAAUGUUUUUACAAUAUCUCUAGACUAAUAUUUACUGCUCUUGUGAUGCCUAAGAUAUGGAUGAAAACUGAAAUCUAUUCAUUUUGCUGUGUUAUCAGCACAAGAUCAACCAUCUGAUUUUCUUGAAAACACCCUGAAGGAUUGAAUUUUGCUUCAAUAUUGAUGGUGGCACAGUCUAUAUAUGCUUCAUGGAAUUACAUCAUUUGCCCCUCCAUUGCCCCUGCGUGUUGAAUAGUUUUUUCCCUUUGAUAAGUUUAAGAUGUCAGUUUGAGUUAGUGUUGAGUUACGUAUAUACAGUUUUCAUUACAUUUACUUUAUAAAUACUAAACAUAUUUGGAGUGUUGCUGAUCUAAGGAGUCACAUGACCCACCUGUGAUCACGAUUCAUAUCAUACACGGAAACUUUAGCAUUUUUAUGAUUUUUAAGUUGAAAACAUAGAAACAAUUUUAAAAAUUGAGGAAAAAAUGUUUUUCUUAAAAUUUUUCUGUAUUGCAGUUUUUUCCUGUGAAGUUCAUAGAUAAUGUUAGCAUAUGGAAAAUUAUCAGAAAAUGGUUAUUUUGAUUAAAAAGAAAAUCUCCCCUUGGAUUCAACCAAUUUAGCAUUGAAAUACCACUGUCUGCUGCUUUAUACAUAAAAGGGAGCUUUUCAUCUUCUGGCAAAGGGAUUUAUGUGUGUAUUUUGACAUAUCUAAAUGCUUUCUAUUUUGUUUUCUGCUGAUGAAAUCUUUUGUAAAAUGUCUUUUCCCUACAUUUAUCCAACAUUCUUCAAGAAUAAAGUGAGAGACUUAUGUGUUAGCAAUACUACCUCUUCCGUUCUUGCACCAUUUUAUUUCUAAAAUUCUGUAUUUUCAACUUCACUCUUUUCCAGCUUUUCAAGCUGGGGGUCAUAUAUACCAUACUAAAUAGAAAACAUGCAAAAGAAAGGGGAGAGUAUUAUUUUGCUGGAAGAAUUAUAUAUAAUCAGGUAGUUACAUUUUAUAUUACUGUUUACUACGUGGCUACUAAAGUUUAAAAGCUAACUAAAUUCAAAGAUCUUAUCUAACAGCAUUGCAGUUGCUUAUGGCAUACAAGGCUAAAAUUAAUUCAGCUAUUUAAUCUUAAUAAUAACAAUGUAGUUAAAUAUCUUUGACUUUAAUAGGGUUAUAUAUAUGAAUAGCAGAAAUAGCAUUCCUUUAAUUUUAAUCUAACAUUGGUUAGAUCGAGAAAACAUU